CCCCCAAUCGCAUGCUCCGGCUUACACCGCAGGACAUUGUGCAUACUUGGGCAUUGUUGCUCUUGGACAUCUUUGCUACUUAGGCGCGUGAUGUGAUCUCAAUCUCAACCCAAAAACACUCACACCUUAAGAUCGUUGUUGUGUUCGCAAACUUUCACACUAACUGUACAUUGCCAUUGCCAUCGUCGUCCGUCUCCGUCUGCGUAAACUGUCUCGUGAUAUACCGACUCCCGACCACCACCCAACCCACCAUGUCCGCCCCGCCGCUUCCUUCCAAUGUCCACGUCUCAAGCCACCCCUGCUUGCGGGCGAAGCUCAGUCUGCUGCGAUCGAAACAAACCCAUUCCCGCGAUGUAAAGGGGCUAAUAAACGAGAUCUCUACAAUAUUGGGCGUCGAGGCGCUCGCCACGGCUUUCACAGCAGUCGACGGGCCCAAAGACGAGACCCCGAUAGGCUUCGAGUACACCACGACAACGAUCGAGCCGCAGCAGUUCUCGCUCGUGCCCAUCUUGCGGUCAGGGCUGGGAAUGGUGGAAGCCAUACAGACACUCCUGCCCACUCCAGUCCCCGUGCAUCACCUUGGUCUGUACCGCGAGCCCUCGACGCUGGAGCCGGUCGAGUAUUACAACAAUCUGCCGCAGCACAACGGCGUCUCUGGUCUGGCCUUUAUCCUGGACCCCGUCAUUGCUACCGGUGGUACAUGCGCGGCCGCUAUACAAACGCUGCGUGAAUGGGGUGUGAAGAGGAUCAUCGUACUGAGCGUGAUUGGAGCUGCAGAAGGAAUCAACAGAGCAGCGAAAGAGUGGCCUGAGGGCGUGGAGAUCUGGGUCGCCGGCGUAGAUGCCGACCUGACACCGAACGGUUAUAUCAAGCCAGGUGUUGGUGACGUUGGAGACCGGUUGUUCUUGACAAUUGGCAAAUAAGAAAGCCUUUUGUGAAGUUCUCUCCGAUGCCCGAGCAACCUCCAGUUUGAGUCAGAAAAUUCGCAUUGUCCUCCGGCACUUGUAGGCGCACAGGUCAUAACAGUUUUUCAAUAACAUAGCUCAAACGUCUAGGAAUAUAGAUCACGAGA